ACCAGAACAAUUCCACACUAUGCAACAACAACAACAACAACAACAACACAGAUAGAUUGCGAGGCAGCAGCGGUCCAAAACAACGUGUACGGGUGCUCAAAAAAAAAAAAUUUUCUGUGGAAAACAACAAUGCCUAAGCGCGGUGGUGGUGGCGGCGGCGGCGGAGGCAGCCAGCGUUACAAUAAUAACAAUGUUGGCAAUGGCGGCGGUGGCGGCUCGCGUUACUCUGCCCUGAAAGAUUUUGAUGCCGAUGGCGAUGAUAUGCAACGUCGCAAGGAUCGCAACAAGAGGCGUGUCAGUUUCAAGCCUCCACAAUUCCCACACAAAAAGGAUAUAAAAUUGCGCAUGGAAGACUUGCGUCGUUGGGAUGAGGACGAUGACAUGAAUGAAAUGACAACAGCAGCCAAAGAUCGUAAUGCUCUGCGCCGUCGAGGAUCACCGAUUCCACGGGGCAAAUUUGGCAAACUGAUGCCCAACACCUUUGGAUGGUAUCAAGUGACGAUACACAAUGGACAGAUUUACGGGAAGGAUGUGCUAUUGCGUGCCUUAUUGGCAGCCCUUUCUCCGCAUCCGUUCAACGCCCAGUACUGGCGUGCCGAGAGAGAUAGCGUCUGCUUCUAUGUGGACGACUUUGACAUGGCCGAGCACAUUCAACAGCUGGGAAAACAUGCACAGUUGCCUGAUGGCUUCCGCCUGUCGCCGCGCGUCCGCAACGGCAUUCCGCUGGCGACCGUCGACGAUGCCCUCAAGGAGCGUAUGAAGCAGGUCAUGGCAAAACGCUACAACAGUCAGACCAAGGCCCUGGAUAUGUCGCGCUUCUACGCCGAUCCCGACAUAAAGCAGGUUUUCUGUCCCCUGUUUCGGGCCAAUGUGAUGGGUGCCGCACUCGAUAUCAUGUGCGACAAUAUACCCGAUCUGGAGGCGCUCAAUCUGAAUGAUAACAAUCUGGUGUCCAUGGAGGCAUUCAGACGCGUCGAUAAGCGCCUGCCCCACCUCAAGAUACUCUACUUGGGCGAUAAUAAGCUCCCCUCGCUGGCCCACCUCCUGGUGUUCCGUAAUCUGCCAAUUGUGGAGCUGGUAUUGCGGAACAAUCCGUGCCGUUCGCGCUACAAGGACUCACAGCAGUUUGUCAGCGAAGUACGACGUAAGUUCCCCAAACUGGUCAAACUGGAUGGGGAAACACUGGGGCCGCAGGUUGCCUUCGAUUUGGCCGGUUCCGGCACAAUGCCAACGACCCAGGCCUCGUUUCUGUGCGACAACGCCGGUGCCGAUGUGGUGCGCCAAUUCUUGGAUCAAUACUUUAACAUAUUCGAUAUGGAGAGCCGCCAGUCCCUGCUGGAUGCCUAUCACGAGCAUGCUAUGCUUUCCAUCACAAUGCCAAAUGCAGGCCACGCGGGCAGCAGAUUGAACAACUUCUGGAAGUUUAAUCGCAAUUUUCGCCGCAUUGUUAACCAUGAUCGCGAUGACCAUCGCACGAGGCUGCUCAAGAACGGCCGACUGGCCUGUGUGGCCACCCUGAAUGAGUGGCCACGUACGCUGCACGAACGGCGCACCUUUACCGUCGAUCUAACCAUUUACAACCCCCAAAUGAUUGUGUUCACCGUGACGGGGCUGUUCAAGGAGCUGAGCGGCGAAGACGACAGACCAUCCACCUCGCAAGCCUACGAGUUGCGCCACUUUAUGCGCACGUUUGUGGUGGUGCCACAAAACUCGGGCUUCUGCAUACGCAACGAGACGAUCUUUAUUACGGCCGCCACGAAUGAACAGGUGCGCGAGUUUAAGAGAUCUCAGCAUCAGCCAGCUCCCGGCGGUAUCGCACCUGGUGCUGACGGUAGAAACACAGCAUCGGGCAUGGAUGGUGCAUCCGGAUCUUCGCUACAGAAUCGUUUAGGAACUGCAAGCGGUGGCGGCGCGUCCACAGUUGCACUUUUACCAGCAGUUGCCUCAUUGUCCCUAAAUAUUGUGCCCAGUGCCACCGGAGGGCCGCCGCCCGUCUUUACCAGCUCCGAAUCAGCGACAGAUGAUGCCACCAAAAUGCAAAUGGUCCAGGCCAUGAGUUCACAGAGUCAAAUGAAUCUAGAGUGGAGUCGCAAGUGCCUAGAGGAGACGAAUUGGGAUUAUAAUCAUGCCGGCUUUGUGUUCGGAAAACUCUUUAAGGAGAACAAAAUACCGCCAGAGGCCUUUAUCAAAUAGAUAUGCCAAUCGUUAACCAAUAACAGCAACAACGGCUGGCGCAGAAGUAGGAUCAACGAUCAACCGGUGAAUUAGCAGCAAUGAAAUUACAACACUCGUACCAAGGACAUACCCACACAAAAACACCCUUUUGCCAUGUAAAUCCAUCGAGCCCAUACACACACUCUGCACACACACACAAACACAGUGCUCCUCCGUCUGCCCGGCCACAGAGCCCAUGGGACUGCCAGGCCCUGUAAAAUUUUUGUUUUGUAUAAUAGUAUACAUAUAUAUAAAUGUAUAUAUAUAUGCUCGUAUAUAUAUAUUUUUUUUUAUAAGUCACAAACAUGUUUAUGAAUAAGUUUAGAAGCCAGGCCACGAGCCCCCUGCCACCGCAUUCGCUACCCUUUGAUAGGAUAAUUUAUUUUCAUUUUAGCCAUGUGCUGGACCUGGACCUUCGAGGGAUGGAUGGUGCAUCCUCUCGAGCGUUCAACCAGAGCGCGGGCACUAGUUGUAUUUUUUUGUUUUUAGCUCCCAAAUAAAAUUAUAUUGUAUAAAGAUCAUAAACCUAAAGGUAAAUUCAAAACAACUCUGGCACAGAACAUAGCUACACAGAAGGCAUACAUACUCCCAUACCCAUGUACCCAUACCCAUUCCCAUACCCAUAGCCAUACCUCCUUCCUCCAAUCAAAUCCCCUCCACGUAGCCUUAUAUUUGUACACAAGCAAAAUGCAAAGUGCAAAACAGCAAACCAACGAGAAACAAGCAACAAGAAACAAAACAAACAAAAAAUAGAUCAACUAUUUUCAAUCAAAAGAAAAGGCGGUAGAGAGAGAGUAUCCCAUAAGAGAUUUGGAAAAAAGCAAUACUUCUAAUGACCGAUUAUGUAAAUUUGAUAACGAUAGCGAUACAGAAAUCAAAUCUUCUUACGUUUUUUCCUGUUUUCCUUAACUAAGUAAUAGUGGAAAUAACAAAUUGCUCGUGUACCCUGACACGAGCCUAGCCAUAAGUCGCAAUUGAAUUACACUUGCAGUAUAUACAAACUAUAUACAAAAUGCACGGAUAAUUAUAGCAUAGGAAACUAAAUAAAUGUACGAGAGUCGGAAUGUGAGAAGGAGGAGGCUCUCUUGGUCUUGCUCGAAUAAA